AUGGCCAACGGCAGUGAUGCAGCCGCAGUGCAUGCAAAGAAGCAGCAGACUCUCGAACUUGUCGAGGAACUCGUCCUAUCAUUCGAAGAUCGAGGAGAUGAGCCACCCUGGGAUUCCAGCAUGGCGUUCGCUUAUGGAGGAAGGAUUCCAAUUCAUGUCGCAACUCACGCGGCUCUGCAAUCCUUAAGGGCCUCUGGAGGAGCAACGACCUGUCAGCCAGUGAUUCUCCGCUGGGAUCCCAGCUCAGAACCUGUCUCGGCCUCGACGUGCAAGCUUCAGUUCCCACUGGACCAGUCUGACAGCAGAUCGAGGCACAAUUUAGAACAGCUUCUCAAAGACAUGCAACCUGCCACGAUCGGAUACGAAGUCUGGGAAGACCAGAAUGAUAUGGAUGGGUACUCCCACAAGACCUACAAUCUGGACGCUUCCAAAUUCGCUUGCACUUUUAGUCCCCACGAGUUGGGUAUUGUUGACGACAUUGCGCGGGUCCUUCUUCCAGGACCUAAGUCACAGGAGGUGGACAUCAAGAGGAAGAGUGUGCUAACAGCCGAGCUUGAAAAACUGAAUGUGUACGCGGGCCCAUCGGGACACUUCAAGUUCAAAGCACAUGUCGAAACUUCCCGUGAAGAUUACUGGGCGCCCGAGUAUAUUGGAUCCCUUGUCGUCUGCCUGCCAUCCAUUCACGAGGGCGGUCAGUUGGAAGUCCGUUAUCAAGGGCGGAAAGCGACCUUCGAUUGGAGUAUGGCCGAGACUGCGCGGCCCGAGAUCCAGUGGGCUGCUUUCCACGUCGACUGUGAAAGCGCGGUCUUGCCCGUCACGUCCGGGCACCUCAUCACCCUGACCUACAACCUCUACGAGAGCUCAAUUCCGACCACCCCACCAAAGGCUGGAAACGGCCUCAUAGAUGCUACCCAGCUGCCGCCCUACGAGAUCCUCCACAAGCUCUUGCUCCAGGACAACUUCAUGCCCGACGGCGGCUGGAUAGGCGUACAUACCUCCUACGCGUACCCGCACGCAAGCUGCAUGUCGGGACUCCCUUCCACGCUCAAGGGUACCGACAUGGUUGCGUGGGAGACUUUCCGAUCUUUGGGCUUUGACGUGAGGCUUCGGCCUGUCGUCGAGGCGCCAGAGUUCCCAACGGGGGAGUGGUCGCCGGCCGACUUGACUUAUAAACCGUCUGAGGGGUCGCAUAGCGAUACUGACGACGGGGUGCCAAGCAUGUCUCAGAGCGAUUCGGGCAACAAAAAGGCUCGGCUGGAGGAGGAGGAACCAAACCGGGCAGGUGGGGGUGACAUAGUCAUGGGCGAUGGUGACCGAAGGUUGAUCCAAUUUGAGCUUCCAAUGCGUCCGCAGAUCCGACAUGGUGAUUCCGUGGCUGGAUCAAAAAACAUGGCGGAUCCCAAGAAAGAUAACGAUGGCGACUGUCCCAUGGCCGAGGGAUCGCAGGUUCCACAUACAUCGAGCAACUCUGGACCCUGGGAGGUUGAUGAGGAGGAGAUCCAAGCUCUCCAAAAGGAAAGUGAGGAACUCCAGUCUCUGCCUAGCAGCUAUUUCACAGGGGCUCAACCCGCAUGCCCUCUGCUACCAAGGAAUGAGCACGACGGGGACGAGGACGAGGACGAGGACGAGGAAAUCACUGCAUUCAGGUUAGAGCAGCACGGAGUGCAGGCCAGAAACCUAGCCCUUGGCAAUGACCUAUCAUUCCAUACUGAAACCAAGCUCGUCAAGGAUGAAGUUGAUAUGAUGGAGAUGCUGGAUCGAUGGAUCGAGCAGAUGCAAGAAGGAGUCGGACAGGAACCCACUACGCAGCAGCCCCUGUGCCUAGACUACGACGAGCAAGUUGCCUGGCUCAACCGCCCUGGACAGCACAAGGAACCACAGAUCUCCUACGCGGUUUACGGCGACGACGGUGAGGCCAAAGCCGCCACCAUAUACUCAUUCUGUGGUAUAAUAGCCCACGUUCCUCGAUUUUCCGCACGAAGGGCACUGUUCGGAAAGAAGUAG